CUUUCUAUCCUCUCGCCGUCUACUCCCCGUCUUUAUUCCUCCCUCAGACACGAACACAUACACACACACACACACAACACACACACACACACACACACACACACACACACCAUAGACAAGUUUUCGUAAAAUAUAAAUUAAGGCUCAGAGAUAAUUUGCAUGUGAAGUAACCUUGUGGAAAUAUCAGGAAGAAAUAUUAUGGAAAUAUGAAUUGAACUGAAAUCCAUUGCCGUUGAAUUGAACAAUAUUUAAUAUAUGUAGAAUAAUACUUAAAUAUAUAUAUACUUAUACAUACAGCGAUACAUGCACACCUAAACACGUACACACACAGAUGUAUGCUUAUAUGUAAUUAGAUAUACUUCAGAUAUUAGAUAUACUUCAGUAGAAACAUAUAUAAGAACAUAUUGCAAAAAUAUCGAAGGUAAAGCACUCAUUUUCUGGUAUAGAAUGGGUGAUAAUAUGGCAAACCAUCGCCCAUUAUUUCGUCGGGAUAAAGAAAACAGCAUAAAUACUGAGCCAACAUCAUAUGUAAGUGAUGAUAGGUAUAAAUUUCUGACAGAGGGCCGAGAUUACCAGCCAGCUGACGUCUCCCAUAUAUAUACGGAUGAAGAAAAGGAAACGCUUGCAAAUUAUGAAAGUCAAAAUUACCUUCCAUCGCAUAGCUUACUCUACAGACGUUGGCUCCAAACACAGAAAGAAAAAAGAUUUAACACAUUGCGUUGGGUCGUGAUGGGCUUAAUUGGAAUGACUGUCGGAAUCAUCGGAUUUUUGCUGCACCAGGGUAUAACUCUGCUUUUUAAUACCAAACUACACAUGCAAGAGAGUUUAUUUGAGAAAGAAGAAUAUGACUUAGCGUGGCUGUGGAGCGUUGGCUAUGCAGUGAUUUUUGUAUUUAUUAGUUCGGCAUCCGUCGUGUUUUUGAAACCGUCUGCUGGAGGUUCGGGAAUGCCUCAAGUGAGUGCUUAUUUAAAUGGGACUUACAUACCAGAUGUGUUCAGUAUGGGGACUCUGCUGGUAAAAUUCGUGUCUUGUCUUUGUGCUAUUGGCUCUGGAAUGCCAGUAGGACCAGAAGCUCCGAUGGUUCACAUGGGUGCACUCAUUGGUGCUUGCCUCGGUCAGGUGCGAUUCGAAAAGCUCAAUGUAAAUUUGGCUAUUUUCCAAAGGCUUCGAAAUUCUCAAGACAGACGAAAUUUCAUUUCUGCUGGAGCUGCUGCUGGUAUUGCUUCAGCAUUUGGAGCGCCAAUUGGAGGCCUUCUUUUCUCAAUGGAAGAAGUUUCUUCAUUUUGGACGAAAUCUCUGUCCUGGCAAAUAUUCUUUUGUUGUAUGGUGGCCACAUUUGUGACUGACCUUUUGAACUCAGUUUUUCAUGGGUAUCAACAUGUCGGUACCUUUGGACAUUUUGAGAAAGAACACUAUGUAUUAUUCCAUCUUGCUACAGUGAUAAAUAUCAACGUGCUGCUGCUUAUACCAACUAUAGUUAUUGGGAUAACUGGUGGGAUUUUAGGCGCGUUCUUUACGUUUCUCAAACUGAAGAUGGCGAGAAUGCGGAAAAAGCUACUUUUCAAAAUGCCGAAACCGAUAAUAGCUAGAAUUAUUCACUGCAUCGAACCUAUAAUUUGCAUGGUGAUAAUAGCGACAGUGUAUAUCUAUAUACCCGACAGUUUCGGUUGCACACAGUUCACCUGUAUAACAGAAGACGGAAAUACAACUUAUGGAUGUUAUAAUGACACCAGGGCAGAUCCUGAAGCAGAACCAAAUGUGAUACAUUAUAAAUGUAACAAAGGCUCCAUGAAAAAAACUGGAACUAUGUGGUACACUAAUGGAACAUAUAAUGAAGUUGCCACCUUAUUACUUCUACCUGGAGAAGAUGCAGUGAAAAAUUUAUUUUCAAGAAAUACACAUCUUAAUUUCGGAUUUCCUUCUGUAGCAUGCGUACUGGUCCUGCAUUUUCUGUCUGUUUCUUGGGCGUCGGGAACAGCUGUUGCAUGCGGCAUCCUCGUCCCAGUUGUCUUUAUCGGAGGCCUGUGUGGUAGAUUGGUCGGAAUUACCUUAGUGAAUAUAUUGAAGUCGCUUGGUAGUAAUGACCCCCAUUACUGGAAUUGGUCGGAUCCUGGAGUCUUUGCGUUAAUUGGUGCAGCAUCUUUUUUUGGUGGUGUUACUCGAUUAACAAUGGCGGUUACUGUCAUCAUGAUAGAAAUUACCAACGAUGUUCAGUUCCUUUUACCAAUAAUGUUUUCAGUUUUGAUCGCCAAAUGGAUCGGGGAUUACUUUACGCACCCCUUUUACCAUGCCAUCCUUGAAUUAAAGUGUAUCCCAUUCUUACGUGCAGAACCGCACCUUGUGCUGGCUUCUAAAAGGUUGAAUGCGGAACUAUAUACUGCUUUUGAUGUCAUGGCAAGUCCUGUUGUGACAGUAUAUCCGAAACAGUCAGUGUACAAAGUAGCUAAAAUAUUACUUACUACAACACAUAGCGGAUUUCCCGUUGCUAAAAAGCAAACGAUGCUUUCGAAAUCAAAACACUUUUACGGCUUAAUCACAAGAAAAGAGUUAUACAUCUUGCUGAUGAAAGAGGAAGUAUUUUGCACAAAAGAAGAGAUUGAGAAUGAAUCUGAAAAAGUUUUAAACAAAAGUCUUGAACAUGUAACUUAUAAAGACAUUAGUAACGAUAUAAUGAAUAUUAACCUCGAUGAAGUAGAAACAAGGUUGCAGAAAUAUGUGGAUGAUCCAAAAUACCAAGAUUUAUACAUCGACUUAAUUCUCUGCAGUGGUCUCACGAAGCUCCUUCCGGAAUUCCUCAUGAGAAGUGCGUGAGAGCGGCUAUGACUCAAGCUUGUGUAUGAUGG